GAACAAGGACGAUAUGCCAUCAACGAGCACUUGAACCUAACGAGGCUUGAGAGCGUGGAGAUUCCUUUACCAAUGCCCAGCUGUGUGUAAACAUCGCGAUGUCUGAUCAUUCCGCAACGCUGGCAACAUGGCCAAUACAAACAAGACUUACUUCCUGGUGUCCUCGUGGGACUUCCCAAAGGGAUCCGUCUGCCUUGGCAGCCUAACCUCCAGCCCUGAACAGCCACACAUAACCCUGUUCAAACCUGGCGACGGCGACAUUGACACGACCACGUUCCCUACUACAAAAGAUGACUACACUGGCGUCGUCAGGUCCGAAAAGGGUGACAAGGGCGGGCUAUUUUUUCGAUUCCUGGACCUGUUUGGGCUCGGCGCAGAGGCAAGCGUCAAGUACGACCGCAAGGCAGUGCUCAAGUACUCUUUCAAGCACAUGCAUACCGAAUGGUUCAUCCCAAGCGAAGAUCUCGUCAAGAAGGCAGUUCAGAGCAAGAGAGCAGCUAGUCACUUGAAACGAAUAGCAUACGAUAGCCCGUUGUAUAUGAUCACUGGGCUAAAGAUUGUCGAGGGGGCCAGCGUGACGACGCUGAAAAAUAAAGGAAAGGACUUUACGGCGUUUCUAGGAGUGGAUGCAGGCCCCGUGUCUGUUGGACCACAAGCAAGUCAUAAUUCGCAGUCCACUGAGCUCCAGACUUUUAGCAAUUCCACGCCCAUCGUGUUUGCAUUUCAACUCAUGGAGGUCCGAUGCGACGCCAAGGGAAACGUUAGUACCAUGGCGUACAACACUGGGGCACUAUUUGGGCUGGAUGUAGAUAGUGGCUUGCCAGCCGAAGAACUGGAAAAGACGGUAGCUAAGGAAGUGACCUCUGAAGUCCUCAAAAAGGAAUUUGGGGAUGCAUUCUCUGCGUCCGCUUCCAUAGACGAGGAGGAUGGCUCGCCGUGUGUGGUGAUUGUCCCAGUGACAGCCACCACGGCGUAGACCAUGGGUUGCUCUUCUGAGUGCGGCGGAGGGAGAACUCGAAA